AUGGGACUCCUUUAUUCCCUUUUCCGGGAGAUGGACCCUCCCAGCAAGCCUUUGAAUUUAAUUCCAAAACCGGAGUAUGAAUGCCGAAAGGAUGAUUCUUGUGGGGCAGUAGGGAACUUUCUGCUUUGGUACUUUGUCAUUAUGUUGUUCCUGAUGAUCCUCUAUAGGGCUUCUCUCUGGAUGUCUAAGAAAAAGGAUGCAUCACUAUCAGCAGACAGUGGGACAAGCACUUCAGGGUGUAAAGAUGCCUACUGUAAGCGACAUAGCAAAAACACCAUCUGGGAAUCUUUUAGAAAGAUCUUUAAGAAGAAACCGAAACAUAUGCAACUUUCACCUGUGACUGACUCAGAAGUGGCACUUGUCAAUGCCUACCUUGAAAGGAGAAGAGCCAGACUUCACUCUCAGCUGAACCAGAUGAAUCAAGGCCUCCAUGAUAGUGAUACCACCGACAGGGACAGCAUGGACUCUAACUCAGGAGCCUCCUCCUGGAAGGAGAGUGAGACUGAACAUCAUCCGACACCAGCCAGCCUUAGAAGAAGAAAGAUAGCUCAAAGGCAGAGGAACCUUGGAAGCUACCAAAUCAGAGAAAGGCCUUGCCUCCACUGCAAAGCUAUGAGAACCAGUGAGUGGCUGACUCGCCACUUCCUUUAUCCUCCUACGGCACCUCCUCCAGUGGAUGGAGAUAUUCCAGAGGAGAGUUCUCUAGUAGAAAUUAACACAAAAUUCAGUAGAAUUUGA